AUGGAACCGGAGUAUGCAACUGUCUUGAAAGGAAGACGGGUAUGACGUCACAACUUGGAAAUCGCCUUUGGAACCGCCUUUUUGAUGGUUUCUUGUAUAAUGCACAACUGGAAUGGCAUAUCGGCCUGUUCCUAAACAUCAAGAAAACACAGGCUGAGGCGGAGUCGUUCUGUGGUACUCUGGAGGGGAGAUUGGCCGUCCUAGAUACAGAUGAGAAGCUGAAUUACGUCUUAGGACUGUCUGACUACCAAGCUGGAAGAUUCAUCUUUGUAGGCGCGACGGAUGAGGAAACUGAACGGAUGUUUGUAUGGAGUAACGGCGCUAACCUUACAACCAAUUGGUAUACCAAUGAACCAAACCGUUACCGUGACGAAAACUGUGUUGCUAUAUAUCACUCUGCUUUCAUUGACAUCUCGUGUGCAUUCCUUUGUAAUUUUGCAUGCGAAAUUGUGUAG